AUGGUUUAUUGGCUCGUUUCCGUUCCCUAUGAAGGUACAUCCGAAAGUGAUAGCAGCAAGACCUUCAAAUUCAUCAAAGACUCACUUCAACAUCAACAACGAGUUUGUGAAUGUAUUGAAUUCAAAGUACCAAAAUUGAAAGUAGGAACUGUGGAUCAAUUGUUACAACUUUCUGAUGACUUUAACAAGUAUGAUAGCAAUUGUGAACAAAUUACAAUGAAAGCAUUGAAGACUUUGGCUGAUGUGUCUGAAUUGACUGAAUCCAGUGAUUUUGUUCCUGAAGUCAUUCUCAAAGAAGACACUAGUGUUCCUGUUCAAACCUAUCUUGACUUUUUCCAAUGGGAUGAUUCUCAAUUUCUUAUUAACAAACCAAUUCGAGAAAUUGCAGACUCUAUUCACAAGAAGGCAAGCAAAUUGGAUGAAGAACUUCGUUUCAAGAUUUCUGAAUAUACUAAUUUGAAACAAAAUGUUCAACAAUUGGAACGUAAAACCAGUGGUAAUCUCUCAGUUCGUACAUUGGAUGGUAUCAUUAAGAAGGAACACGUAUUAGAGACUGAAUAUUUGACCACAGUGUUUGUAGUAGUCUCUAAGGCUUCUAUUAAGGAAUGGGAACAUGAUUAUGAGAAUUUGACUGAUAUGGUUGUUCCUGACUCUUCUGAAUUAAUUUAUGAAGACAAUGACUCGGCAUUAUUCAAUGUCGUGGUAUUGAAAAAGAUUGCUGAUGAUUUUAAGAGUGCAUGUUUGAAGAGAAAAUUUGUGGUUCGAGAGUUCUCAUACGAUGAAGAUAAGGCUAAUUUAUCACACAUGGAAAAGGAAGAAAUGGAUGAAAAGUUAAAAAAUACCAAAAAGGAAUUGUUGAUUGUAACUUUAUUGAAGAUUAAAAAGAAUGAAAAGAAGGUUCAUAAAUUCUUUAAGGAUCAUUAUGGACAUUUGGAAGAACAAAUGUAUGGUACUCAAGAGAAUGCAGUGGAUUUGGCUAGUAUGGGAAGUGCUGCCAUGAUGUUAAAUAAUUAUGGUAUGGAAUGGGCACCCUAUGUCUUGAUUACUAUUAAUACUUCAAAUCCUUUCCUUAAAUUGGAAUAA